AGUCAAUAAGGACCACGGUAUGGUAGGUUAGCUCGUCCUGUGCGGGAAAUUUGAACGUGUUCCCGCGAAACUCCUACAGAUGUCUAUGCACACGUUUAAAUUGACGUGACCACUCUCGUCUCCUUUAGGUUAUGGUUAAAAACUUAGCCCUAUUUUUUGUUCUGGGAGAAAUUCAAACAAAAGCACUAUAAAGAGUGUACCGGCUUCUGUUGAUUUCUUUGUUGUCGAUUGUCGAGGUAUUUACAGAAAGGAAGCGACCAAACUGUAUUCAUUGAUUUUUGAAUUUUAAAGGUUCACUUGACAAAGGUAUUAGAAUGUUCGGAUCUUAUGAUUUAGACGAUCCCAUUAUCAUUUGCCCCUAUGAUAGGAGUCACCGAAUUGUUAGAUCUCGAAUUCAAAAGCAUAUCGUGAAAUGCGAGAGGAAUUUCCCUGAGAAUUAUAAAGAGAUAUGUCCGUACAAUGCUACUCAUAGACUCUUCAAGGCAGAUAUGGAGAACCAUAUCAAGACGUGUCCAAUGAGAACAUUCUUGGACCCUUAUUUGUAUCAAAGCACACCAAAGCAGGGAUCCAUUAAGACUUAUGUUCCAUCUGAAAUGGAGAGCAUAGCAGACACCGAUGAGACUUGGGAGGUAGACUCUCAUGGAAAUUGGCCAUGUAAUGCAAGUGUUGACACAUCGAUUGACAAUUUUAUAAAACCGAUCACAUUUGAAGAACCUUUAAGCUCUAAGAACUGCAAGGAAGUGCAACUCGAUGAAUCUCUCAGAACCCCACGUGGUUACAGUGAAGCACUAUUACGGGCUGAGGAUGAAGUUUCUACAAUUGAUGACAUGGAAUCAAUGAUCAGCCUUGUAGGGAUCGGACGAGGCAAGCCCCGAGGCAAGCCCCGAGGCAUUAAUAAAAAACUUCACAUGUUUGCUGCUAUUGGAAGAGGCGCACCCAUUAGCGGCAAGGAACAAAAUCGAAAAUAAUAGCACUUUCCAAUGUUUACGCUAAAUAGAGUAGCGUAAAACAUUAAGCUUCAGUUCCUGCUUUAGUUAGAUAGUACAAAAGACAUACUUUUGAUUAUCAAAAUGAUUCUUCUAAAUAAUUAAUAAUUAACGGAGAGUAUUUAAACAUUUCUUCAACACAGCGUUAACCAAACUAUUUUCUAUAGAUACAUAUAUGAAAGCGAAAUAUUUUAUUUUAUAUUUUUAUAAUGAAACGGGAGAUUGUCUUUGUUUUCAUGUAAAAAUGUUUUGUAAUAAAACAUUGAUCACAA